ACUUUCACCCCUGAUGACGUCACGCCUUUUACCAACGUGUCUGUUUUUCUAGCUAGCUAGCAGUCGACAUAUUAGAGUUGUGUUCCACGUGAAAUUUGUUUAGAAUAUUAUAAUCAAAAUGCAGAUCUGCAAUGUGUGCAGUGGAGAGACACCCAAAUACCGAUGUCCGGCCUGUAGAAUCAGAUACUGCUCUCUCAGUUGUUACAAGACCCACAAGGCCAAUGAUACCUGCCAGCCCCCAAAACAGUCAGUGCCUCCUCCUGCUCAAGACCUAAAUGGAGCUUACGGCAAUGAAGAUCCCUGGACCGUUGAAGAUGUCCUUGAUGAUGAUGACGACCAUACAGAUAAAGUUCCACUUCAGAGGCUACGACUAUUAGGCAAGUCGGAGGAGCUGAGAGCGCUGCUCCGGAACCCCCACCUCUGUCAGCUGAUGCGCUCUGUGGACACGGCCGAGAGCAAAGCAGACGCCAUGAAGACCGCCAUGCAAGAGCCUCUGUUUGUUGAGCUAUCAGAUCAAUGCUUGCAGAUUGUUGAGAAAAACGAUUAAAAUGUACUUGCAGAAUACCCUAUUAUGACCCACACGGAGUCAAUAAUUCAGUUUUUUUUUUUUUUUGACAAAAACAAUUAUCUUCGGUUUAUUUCUACUGUGUAAAUAUACAAAGCAGUAUACCAAUUUGUUAAAUAUUUAUUUUGACUUGGAACUACAGUAUUGCAAAGACAACUAGCUAAGUCAGGUCUUUUAAAAGGGUUCUUGGUACAGCUAUAUAAACACCAAGUAGCUAGCAAUGUUUCAUAACACAUUUGGUCUGGGUAUGGCUUUGAAUGGCCUUAAACGUAACAAGAACUAUUGUUUAGUCGGUUCAAAAUACAAACGUAAUUCAAGGAAGGAUUAUAUUAGCAGUGGGUUACAAAAGAUAAGUUACUCUAGUAGAAGGUAUUGGACAAGGCAAAGGUAACUACUGUAGUGGCGAAGUAGCAAAAUAAAGGUCAAAAGUAUACAAUCCUUUUUGGCAAAUAAACAUCGUCAUGGCAUUUCAAGCAAUGUGGCACAUCAAUGGUUCUUUUCAAAUAAAUACAGCAAAACAUUGGG